AUGCUGGAGGACAUCAACAUCGAGAACGAGACGUUCAUCGAGCGCAACUACACGGAGCGCGAGAUCGCAUACUGCCAAAGGCAACCAAAUCCGCACGCAUCGUUUACCGGGCGGUGGUGCGCCAAGGAAGCGGUGGUGAAGGCAGUGUCGAAUCUGCAUCUGCAGCGGGAGAAGGUGUGGGUGCGUGGCAGCGCAGCGCCGCUGAUUGAUAUUGAGAUUGUGAUUGCGGAGAGCGGGGCGCCCGAGGUCGUGCUGCAUGGCGAGGUGGAGGAGGCCGCGGAGAAGGCUGGUGUCCAAUAUGUCAAGGUGUCGAUCAGCCAUAUCGACACAUAUGCGAUAGCUACAGCCAUUUCGUAUUAG